AAACACGUCUCCUUCUGGUCUUUUCAUUUAAUUAAGCCCCAACUCCCGGAAUGGGAUCAUUGUAAACCCUAGUUAUUAAAUAAAAACGUGGGGCUUUGGUGAAAUUGAUCUCGUUUUCACACAAUUGCUCCCCUCCUGCGAUCUGGGUUCGCCUCAAAAUCCGAUCUUUUCAGGUGAAUCCUCGAUUUCUGAAGUGGGGAUUUUUUGGAGUUAGGGCAAAGAUGAGGGCGAAAUUGUGUUUUUUGAUCUGGGUUUUGUUUCUGUGGGGUUCUAGUUUGGGGAGAUUUGUUGUGGAGAAGAAUAGCUUGAAGGUGACUUCGCCUGAAACGUUGAAAGGGGUUUAUGAGUGUGCAAUUGGGAAUUUUGGGAUUCCUCAAUAUGGAGGAACUAUGGUUGGGAUUGUCGUCUACCCUAAAUCUAAUAGAAAAGCAUGCAAGAGUUUUGAUGAUUUCGAUAUUUCGUUCAAAUCGAAACCGGGAGGGUUUCCUACCUUUGUUCUUGUUGAUCGAGGAGAUUGCUUUUUCACAACAAAGGCGUGGAACGCACAAAAUGCUGGCGCUGCUGCUAUCCUUGUUGCUGACAACAAGGUGGAGCCCUUAAUUACAAUGGACACACCCGAAGAAGAUAACGGAAGGGCAGAUUACCUGCAGAACAUUACCAUUCCUUCAGCUCUUAUCAGCAAAAGCUUUGGUGAUAGCCUUAAGAAAUCCCUCGAAGAUGGAGAUAUGAUUAGCGUUAACUUAGACUGGAGGGAAUCUCUACCCCAUCCCGAUGAGCGGGUAGAAUAUGAAUUUUGGACCAACAGCAAUGAUGAAUGUGGCCCGAAAUGUGACAGCCAAAUAGACUUUGUAAAGAGCUUCAAAGGAGUAGCACAAAUACUUGAGCAAAAGGGUUAUACACAAUUCACUCCACAUUACAUUACUUGGUAUUGUCCUGAAGCUUUUAUUCUGAGCAAGCAAUGCAAAUCACAAUGCAUCAACCACGGGAGAUAUUGUGCUCCUGAUCCUGAACAGGACUUCACUAAAGGUUACGACGGAAAAGAUGUAGUUGUUCAGAAUUUGCGACAGGUUUGUGUGUUUAAGGUCGCUAAUGAAAGUGGAAAGCCUUGGUUGUGGUGGGACUAUGUGACUGACUUUUCGAUUAGAUGCCCGAUGAAAGAUAAGAAGUACACAAAGGAAUGUGCUGAAGGAGUAAUCCGGUCAUUGGGUGUUGAUAUCCGAAAGAUAAAUGACUGUAUUGGGGACCCUGAAGCAGAUGAAGAUAAUCCAGUGCUUAAAGCCGAACAAGAUGCACAGAUUGGUAAAGAUGCACGUGGGGAUGUAACCAUCUUACCUACUCUUGUCAUUAACAACAGACAAUACAGAGGCAAGCUCGACAAGGGUGCAGUUCUUAAAGCAAUAUGCGCAGGCUUUGAGGAAACCACGGAACCAGCAGUGUGUUUAAGUGAUGGCAUUGAAACUAACGAAUGUUUGGAAAAUAAUGGUGGAUGCUGGGAAGAUAAGGCUGCCAAUAUUACUGCAUGCAAGGACACUUUUCGUGGUAGAGUAUGUGAAUGCCCUGUUGUCCGAGGUGUAAAGUUUGUUGGUGAUGGGUAUACUCUCUGUGAAGCUUCAGGAUCUGGUCGUUGUGAAAUCAACAAUGGAGGCUGCUGGAAGCAUACUAAAUAUGGAAAGACAUUCAGUGCUUGUGUAGAUGAUCAUUCAAAAGGGUGCCAGUGUCCUUCAGGCUUCAAGGGUGAUGGGGUCAAAUCCUGUGAAGAUAUUGAUGAAUGCAAAGAGAGAACUGCUUGUCAAUGCUCAGACUGCAAGUGUAAGAAUACUUGGGGAAGUUAUGAGUGCAGCUGCCGGGGCAAUCAGUUAUACAUUAAGGAGCACGAUACAUGCAUAAGUAAGGAGGGGUCCUCAGAGGUUAGCUGGAGCUUUAUGUGGGUUGUUUUCCUUGGCCUGUUGGCAGCUGGAGUUGCAGGCUAUGCCGUCUAUAAGUACAGAAUUCGGAGCUACAUGGACUCGGAGAUCCGUGCUAUCAUGGCUCAGUACAUGCCGCUAGACAACCAAGCAGAAAACGGCAAUGGCGUCCCUCAACAUGGAGAUAUUUGAGACUUUGUAAUUUCCAAAGGCGAGGAACCAGCGCGUCCGUCUUCUACGUGCUUAUUUAUAGUACACAAGUAGAAGCAUGGUAUGGUUUUUCUACCAUUUGGUUUACGGUGAGCCUACAGAGAGUUUUAUGUAAAUUUGGAAGCUCAUCUGUCUCUAAACUAUAAUGGUUAAUGGUAUGUAGACCCAUUGGGAUCAAGUCAUGUAUGUUUAUUUUAGGUGUUUGAGCUCAUGAAAAUAAUGACUUGUAAAAUCUCAUCUCCAUAUCUGUGUGCAAAGUGGUGAAUAAUGCAGAGGGUGGUGUUUUUUAGGUGA